ACGCGCGGAGUGAUUCAGUUCGGUGAAACCGGGGAGGAUAUCGGGUGAUCCUUUUCCUUCGUGAACAAGGAACUAGCGAGGCAACUACGCGAGACCUGGGAUUCCGGGAGAUCGGGAGGAGUGUCUACAUGGUGUCGUAGGAUGACCGAUCCGAAGAUCGAGAUGCAUUACACGCCACCGAACUCGGACACCAUUCAAACAAAACCUUUCCCCAUUCGCGGCGAACGAGCGAAUUUCGUAAACAAGCCGCAUGUAAUCGCAAUGGUGGGCCUGCCGGCUCGCGGCAAGACUUACAUCUCGAAAAAGUUGUGCAGAUACCUGAACUGGAUCGGCAUAAGCACGAAGGUGUUCAACCUGGGAGAGUACAGGCGACACGCAACCACCGCUUACCAAUGCCAUGAAUUUUUCCGUCCUGAUAACAUUAAGGCGAUGGCGAUACGUACCCAGUGUGCAAUGGAUGCCCUGAAGGACGUCUGCCAGUGGCUAGAGAGCGGUGACGGCGAAGUGGCUGUGUUCGACGCCACUAAUUCAACCGUCGAGAGACGACAGUUGAUCAGAGACAUCGUCGUCGAGAAAAUGGGCUUCAAACUCUUCUUCGUAGAAUCUGUCUGCAACGACCCUGAAAUCGUUGAACAGAAUAUCAUGGAAGUGAAAGUAAGUAGCCCGGAUUAUGCGAACAUGAACAAGGAGGAAGUACUGGCCGAUUUCAUGCUGCGAAUCGAGCACUACCAAGAGAAAUAUCAACCGUUGGACGAGAAUCAGGAAAGCGAUCUGUCCUUCAUGAAAAUUUACAACACUGGCGAGAAAGUGCUGGUCCACAAGCAUGAGGGUCACAUACAAAGUAGGAUAGUCUAUUACCUUAUGAACAUCCAUAUAGUGCCACGUACGAUCUAUUUAACUAGGCAUGGCGAGAGCGCGAUGAACCUCGAAGGUAAGAUAGGCGGUGACUCGGAGUUGAGCGACAGAGGCUGGGAAUAUGCCAAAGCAUUAGCUAGCUACAUCACUAGCCAGAAUAUUCAGGGAUUGCGAGUGUGGACUAGCUGGCUGAAGAGGACCAUUCAAACGGCUAGUGACGUGAAUGCACCUCAGGAAAGGUGGAAAGCGUUAAACGAGAUUGACGCGGGCAUCUGCGAAGAAAUGACUUACGAAGAAAUUGCAGACAAGUAUCCGACAGACUUCGCCGCAAGAGACCAAAAUAAAUUCUCGUACCGUUAUCCGAGAGGGGAAAGUUACGAGGACUUGGUCGCGCGAUUGGAACCGGUGAUAAUGGAAUUAGAACGACAGGGUAAUGUUCUGGUCGUUAGCCACCAAGCGGUUUUGAGAUGUCUACUUGCUUACUUCUUAGACAAAAGUGCGGAUGAAUUACCAUAUUUAGAAGUGCCACUACAUACUAUUAUUAAACUAACGCCUGUCGCGUACGGUUGCAAGGUAGGACACAUUCGAUUGCCAAUUGACGCAGUGGACACGCAUCGGCCGAAACCAAAGAAUGCCUGACCAUUAGUGGAUUGGGACUACUUUCUCGUAUAUAAUCUUGAUUUAAUGUAUUCUAAAUGUCAUCCAACUCUAAGCUUUGAAUAUUAAACACUGCGUUUUGCAUGCAUUUUUCUAUCAAAGUAAUAAUAAUACGGAUGAUAUGAUGUGAGACGUCAUACUAUGCACGUACUUAAUACACAUGUGAUGACAUAUUUGAUAAAUUUAUGUGAAUACAUAUAUACAUAUAUAUAAUGGUAGAUAUCAGUUUGUGAGAAUUUUGAUGUUAUACUGGGAUGUACAUGUUUGUAAUUAUCGGCACACAGUAAAACACGCAGGAGAAUUGCACUUAUGACAUUUGUUUAAUAAAUCAUAUAUGGUAUUGCGGUAAAUCGAGUCUACUCGAAACGAACCAUUCACCAUCGUAGUGAAUAAGUGCUGUGAAAUUAGAGUAAAAUUGUUUGUAUUUAUGUUGUGGUAUAAAUACUUAUGCGUGUAUACAACUUAUAUAAAUGUAUGUUUUGACGGUACGACAUGACUAUAAAAACUUGUCAUUAAAAUCUGCUUGAUCAUCUAUGUGCGACCUACGUUUCUUUCACUUUUUUUUUUCUUUUUUUGUUCAGCGUGUAGGUGUCCUAGAAAUGUAGUAGUUAGUUACUGCUUAUGUUGGCCGCGGAUCAACUGUCCAAACGAUAUAACGUUUCGUUGUGAAACUCUUUUCAGAUCCCGGGAUAUCUAGAGGAACGAUUCCGAGGGAAAG